AUGUCUACUCUUGUAUUCUUACUGGUUCUCUACGCUCCAUUCUUAUCGUGCGCCGAACGCACAGCAGACACCCUGGCGGAGAUCGAAGCCCUAACUUCUUUUAAGCUUAGCCUCCACGACCCACUCGGCGCACUCGACGGCUGGGUCUCGUCCACUCAGGCGGCUCCGUGCGACUGGCGCGGCGUCGCUUGCAACAACAACAACCGAGUCACUGAGCUCCGUCUUCCUCGCCUUCAGCUCAGCGGCGUAUUGACGCCGCAAAUCGCUAACUUGCGCAUGUUGCGGAAGCUUAGCCUCCGGUCCAACAACUUCAACGGUACAGUUCCAUCUUCUCUCUCCAAAUGCACUUUAUUACACUCCAUUUUCUUACAGUACAACUCGUUUUCCGGCAAUCUCCCGCCGGAAAUUUCCAAUCUAACCAAUCUCCAAACUUUAAACCUCGCCGGAAAUCAAAUCUCCGGUGAAGUUCCCCGUGAUCUCCCUGGAAAUCUCCGUUACAUCGAUCUCUCAUCAAACUCGUUUUCCGGCGAGAUACCGAAGAACAUUUCGAAGUUUUCUCUUCUCGAAUUGAUCAAUCUAUCGUACAAUCAUAUAUCCGGUGAAAUCCCGGCGAGCUUGGGUGAGCUCCAAAGACUUCAAUACCUCUGGCUCGACUACAAUAAUUUACAAGGAACAUUGCCUUCAGCUAUUGCAAACUGUUCGUCGCUUGUGCAUUUUAGCGCCGAAGGGAAUGCCAUCGGAGGCGUAUUACCGGCGGCAAUCGGUGCCCUUCCGAGACUCCAAGUGGUUACGCUGUCCCACAAUAAUCUCUCUGGUUUGGUUCCAUCGUCUUUGUUUUGCAACACUUCAGUUUAUCCUCCGUCGAUUCGGAUUGUUCAGUUAGGAUUUAAUGCCUUCACGGACAUUGUUGAUCUGGGGACAUCAACGUGUCUUAGUGUUUUACAGCAUUUGGAUCUCCAACAGAAUCUAAUACACGGCUCGUUUCCUUCGUGGCUGAUGAAUGUCGUGACAUUAACGACAUUGGAUGUAUCUAGGAACUUGUUUUUGGGUUCUAUUCCAAGUGAGAUUGGGAAUUUAUGGAGAUUGGAGGAAUUGAAGUUGGCCAACAAUUCAUUUACUGGCAUAGUUCCCGUUGAGGUGACGAAAUGUAGUAAUUUGAGCCUUCUUGAUCUUGAAGGGAAUCGGUUUACUGGGGAAAUUCCUGUGUUUUUGAGUGAGCUUAAAGCUUUGAAUGUAUUGUCACUUGGCAGAAAUCAAUUCUCAGGUUUAAUUCCUUCCAGUUUUGGGAACCUCACAGGGCUUGACACACUGAAUUUGGGAGGUAAUGGUCUCAAUGGAAGCUUGCCUGAAGAACUAAUGGUUUUGAGCAAAUUGAGUACAUUGGACCUCAGUGGGAACAAGUUUUUGGGUGGAGUUCCGGCAAGCAUUGGUAACUUAAGGCAGCUAUCGGUCCUGAAUUUGAGUGGCAAUGGAUUUUCGGGGACCAUUCCGGCUAGUGUUGGAAGUCUUUAUAAGCUAACCACCAUUGAUUUGAGCAAACAGAAUCUCUCUGGUCAGUUGCCAUUUGAUCUUGGGGGUUUGCCAAACCUGCAGGUCAUUGCUUUACAAGAAAACAAGUUUUCUGGGGAUGUUCCCGAAGGUUUUAGUAGUUUACUGGGUUUGCAAUACUUGAAUCUCUCUUUCAAUGCCUUUUCUGGUCACAUUCCGGCGACUUUAGGUUUCCUCAAGUCAUUAGUUGUUCUUUCAUUGUCUAACAACCACAUCUUUGGCUCAAUUCCUCCAGAGCUAGGUAAUUGUUCUGACCUUCAAGUUUUGAAUCUUCGGUUCAAUUCUUUGAGUGGACAAAUCCCAGUUGAUUUAUCUCGUCUCUCCCAUUUGAAGGUGCUUGAUUUAGGUAGAAACAAUUUAACAGGUGAGAUCCCCGAUGAAAUUUCCAAAUGUUCAUCUCUAACUUCAGUUGUUCUAGACUCAAAUCAUCUAUCCGGUCCCAUACCAGGCUCAUUUUCCAAUUUGUCAAACCUAACAACACUGGACCUCUCUACAAACAACCUCAGUAGAGAGAUUCCAGCAAAUCUUACACUGAUCUCUAGUUUGGUUAGCUUCAAUGUGUCAAACAAUAACCUCGAAGGUGAAAUACCAGCAACUCUAGGUUCUCAGUUUAACAAUCCAUCAGACUUUGCCGGUAAUCUGUAUUUAUGUGGAAAGCCAUUGAAUAGGAAAUGUGAGCGAAUAAACAGAGGUAGGAAGAAGAGGCUGAUUCUCUUGAUUGCUGUGGCUGCUAGUGGAGCUUGUCUCAUGGCAUUAUGUUGCUGCUUCUAUAUUUACAGCUUGUUGAGGUGGCGGAAGAGGCUCAAAGAACGGGCAGCUGGGGAGAAGAAGCAUAGUCCAGCAAGGGCUAGUUCAAGGACAAGUGGUGGUCGGGGCAGUGGCGAUAAUGGAGGGCCAAGGCUGGUUAUGUUCAAUAACAAGAUCACACUGGCUGAAACAGCGGAAGCAACAAGGCAAUUCGAUGAGGAAAACGUGCUAAACAGAACUCGGUAUGGGUUACUUUUCAAAGCUUGUUACAAUGACGGAAUGGUGCUUUCAAUUCGCAGGCUCCCAGAUGGCUCGCUGGAUGAGAACAUGUUCAGAAAAGAAGCUGAAUCAUUAGGCAGAGUGAAGCACCGGAACCUGACAGUGCUUCGCGGCUACUAUACUGGUCCUCCUGAUCUCCGACUCCUUGUCUAUGAUUACAUGCCUAAUGGCAAUCUUGCAACCCUCCUCCAAGAAGCAUCACACCAAGAUGGCCAUGUACUGAAUUGGCCAAUGCGCCACCUCAUUGCACUCGGCAUUGCUCGUGGCCUGGCCUUUCUCCACUCUGCUUCAAUUGUUCACGGUGAUGUGAAGCCCCAAAAUGUAUUAUUCGAUGCAGACUUUGAAGCCCAUCUCUCCGAUUUUGGUCUAGACAAGCUCACCAUUGCGACCCCAGCUGAAGCUUCCACUUCAACCUCAGUUGGGACUUUGGGCUAUGUCUCACCAGAAGGAACAUUAACAGGUGAAGCCACGAAAGAAUCAGAUGUAUACAGUUUUGGCAUCGUGUUGCUCGAGCUACUAACAGGUAAAAGGCCAGUGAUGUUUACACAAGAUGAAGAUAUUGUCAAGUGGGUCAAGAGGCAAUUGCAGAGAGGUCAAGUAUCGGAGCUGUUAGAGCCAGGAUUACUCGAGCUAGACCCUGAAUCAUCCGAGUGGGAAGAGUUCUUGCUAGGAAUAAAAGUGGGCUUGCUUUGCACAGCACCAGACCCCCUUGACCGGCCCACCAUGACCGACAUUGUGUUCAUGCUUGAAGGUUGCCGUGUCGGCCCCGACAUUCCCUCCUCCGCCGAUCCCACCUCUCAACCGUCGCCGGCUUGACCCAAAACCCAUAUUGAGUUUGUCAACAAUUUUUUUCCUUAUUUUUUGGGGGGAAAAUUGUAAUAGUGGUUAGUUUUUUUGUCUCAUG